UAGUCACCUGACCAAACGCCAUGCAAAUCAUUCUGCUGCUAGAGCCUCAUUGGCCGCUUGUGGCUCAUUUAACCGCUGUCAGUGCGCAUCAUAUGGCCGCCGCUUUAACCAACUUCUCAACUCCGACAUAAGCAAAGUGGCUCAAAUGCGCAUUCUCUCACAGUGGAUGUGAACCAACCCAGGCGAAGACAAGGCGAAAUACUGGUUGGAAAAAUUUUAUAUUCCUUCUCGGAUUAUUUUUUGUGUCGUAUUUGAUUCGUUCGGGGUUCAGAAUAUCAAUUCUGCCACCCAGUCGAUCUGUGCGCACCCGAACUUUGUGCGCACUUGUCCUAUCUUAAAAUAGACUUUUUCUCUGUUGGUGGCGAAGUUUAAAACCGGGUGAAUGUAUAGCAUGAUGAUGGAAACUGACCUCCAUUCCCCCGGCCCCCAAACGAACACGACCACGGGGCAAACGGGGCCGAAUAGCGGAUCCAAAGCGAACCAGGAACGGGUGAAGAGACCGAUGAACGCUUUCAUGGUGUGGUCCCGUGGGCAGCGGAGGAAGAUGGCACAGGAGAACCCCAAGAUGCACAACUCUGAGAUCAGCAAGCGGCUGGGUGCCGAGUGGAAGGUAAUGUCCGAAGCUGAGAAGCGUCCUUUCAUCGACGAGGCGAAACGUUUGCGAGCCAUGCACAUGAAGGAGCAUCCGGAUUACAAGUACCGGCCAAGACGGAAGACCAAGACGCUGCUGAAAAAGGACAAAUAUUCCCUCGCAGGUGGACUGCUUUCUGGGCCCAGUGGGGGUGGUGGAGUUGGUUUAGGGGUCGGCAUGGGUUCAUCGGGGGUCGGACAGAGGUUAGAGAGCCCCGGGGGUCACGGAGGCUCAGCCAGCUCCGGCUACGCGCACAUGAACGGCUGGGCGAACGGUGCGUACUCUGGGCAGGUGGCUGCAGCCGCGGCGGCCGCAGCGAUGAUGCAGGAGGCGCAGCUUGCCUACAGCCAGCACCCGGGGAGCGGAGCGCACCACCACCACCACUCGCACCACCACCACUCACACAACCCGCAGCCCAUGCACCGCUACGACAUGACAGCGCUGCAGUACAGCCCCAUCUCGAACUCUCAGAGCUACAUGAACGCUUCACCCUCCGGCUACGGCGGGAUCACCUACACACAGCACCAGGGCUCCGGCGUCUCCUCCUCCGCUGCCAUGGGGACGUUAGGGUCGCUGGUGAAAUCGGAGCCGAGUAUCUCUCCGUUGUUGGAAUAGCAUCUGCACUGGAGCUUUCUGACAAGAGCAAAGUGAUCGCCAGUGGACAUGGAUCCCUGCAGGUGGGACUGUGAUUUACAGAUAGCACCUCGUCUCCUCCGCGAGCAGCCCAUCAUUACAACGAGCGCUUGGAGAUGGGUCCGUUUGGAAAAUGUCAGCAACAGUCAGAGCCCUAAAAUUCUUCCAUUUCCUCUUUCCUCUCUAAUACUUUCUUCUGUAAACCCAUUAUUAUUAUUAAUAUUAUUAUCUAAUAUGUUGUAUCUUUGUAUUGUGUCAAAUUUCCCAGCAUGUGGAUCUUUUUCUUACCUUAACAUCGACUGCAACAAAAAACAGCAACAGCUCCUUAUUUCACUCAUCUCAGCAUAAACGAACACUAUCAACAAAACAAAAAAACUAAUAAAUAAAUAAAGUGCAGUGUCUGCAGCAGCUCUCCAUCUUCCUCAUUCUGUUUCUGUGGAGCCAGCUUCACUAUCUUAAUAUCCUUAUCCCCUCAGCUGGCAUGUUUUUCAUGAACCCGCUGCAUUUUUCACAUUUUUAAAAUCCGUCAAAUGCCUGUAAUGAAUAUUUCUACAGCCUCGAGUGUGUUUAAUGUGCUGUGUGACCAGCGCAGCAGGAAACCUUUAAAAAUCUGGCACUUGGACCCGGGUGAUAAUUGGACUGAGGCCUCAGCCAGUGAGGAAACAGGUGAAACGUCUUUUUAUCAAGAGAAUGAAGAAAUAAGAUAUGUUCUUAGAUUGUAAUUAACAUUUCCCUUUGCAUGGGUGUACACAUCAUGUAUUAUUUGACUUAUAUUUUCCUAGAAUAUGAAACUGUUAUCACAGUUUUCUUUUUAAAUGUCAUCUUUCACUCAACACUUGUAUUUUAGUCUAUUUGUUGUCUUAAACAGCUUUUUGUGAACAAAGAAACUGUGUUGAAUAAACUCCUGCAUCU